AUGGCUCUAUAUGAAUCACUCUAUGUAAGGAACUUAUGUUGGGCUGAAACAUGCGAAAGGAAAGUGAUUGGCUACGAUUUUGUUAAUGAUGCUACCCACAAGAUUAUAAUUAUCAGAGAUAGGCUACAAGCAGUACAAGAUAGACAAAAGAAGUACUAUGAUGCUAAGCAACGCUAUAUGGAAUUCAAAGUGGGAGAUUUUAUUUUCAUUAAGAUCAGACUUAUGAAGGGUGCACUAUGCUUUGACAAUACUGACAAGCUUAGUCCCCGUUGCAUUGCUCCUUUUGAUAUUGUGGAAAGGAUUGGAAAUGUGGCCUGCAUAUUGGCCUUGCAAGUUAUGUAUGAUGUAUACAAUGUGUUUCAUAUUGCUUCCUUAAGGAAAUUUAUAUCAGAUGAUCCUUCUAAGAUUAUAAUGAAACCUGUAGACAUACAACUAGAUCUUACUUAUGUUGAAAAACUAGACUAUAUUUUAGAGUUUAGUGUGAAGCAACUCUGA